AUCAGUGUGCGUGUUACCACCAUGGAUGCUGAGCUGGAGUUUGCCAUCCAGCCCAACACUACAGGGAAGCAACUCUUUGAUCAGGUUGUCAAGACAAUUGGUCUAAGAGAGGUCUGGUUUUUUGGACUUCAGUACCAGGACACCAAGGGCUUCUCCACAUGGCUGAAAUUGAACAAAAAGGUGACAGCUCAGGACGUCCGUAAGGAGAGCCCUCUGCUUUUCAAGUUCCGUGCCAAGUUCUAUCCAGAGGAUGUGGCAGAAGAGCUGAUCCAGGACAUCACACAGCGCCUUUUCUUCCUCCAAGUGAAGGAGGCCAUUCUGAAUGAUGACAUUUAUUGCCCUCCAGAAACAGCUGUCCUUCUGGCUUCUUAUGCUGUCCAGUCAAAAUACGGAGACUUCAACAAAGAGGUGCACAAGUCUGGCUACCUGGCUAGUGACAAACUGCUCCCACAGAGAGUUCUGGAGCAGCACAAGCUUAACAAAGACCAGUGGGAGGAGAGGAUCCAGGUGUGGCAUGAGGAACAUCGAGGGAUGAUUAGAGAAGAUGCUGUCUUGGAGUACCUGAAAAUUGCACAGGAUCUGGAAAUGUAUGGUGUGAACUACUUCAACAUUAAGAACAAGAAGGGCUCUGAACUCUGGCUAGGUGUAGAUGCUCUUGGACUCAACAUUUAUGAGCAGAAUGACAGGCUAACACCGAAAAUUGGAUUCCCUUGGAGUGAGAUCAGAAAUAUCUCUUUCAAUGACAAGAAAUUUGUUAUCAAGCCUAUUGACAAGAAAGCACCAGACUUUGUAUUCUAUGCCCCUCGGUUACGGAUCAACAAGCGGAUCCUGGCGCUUUGCAUGGGGAACCACGAGCUCUACAUGCGCAGGCGUAAGCCAGACACCAUCGAGGUGCAGCAGAUGAAAGCUCAGGCUCGGGAGGAGAAGCACCAGAAACAGAUGGAGAGAGCCCUGCUGGAGAAUGAGAAGAAGAAGAGGGAGUUGGCAGAAAAGGAGAAGGAGAAGAUUGAACGUGAGAAAGAGGAGCUAAUGGAGAGACUCAAACAAAUUGAGGAGCAAACCAAGAAAGCUCAGCAAGAACUGGAAGAACAGACACGCAGAGCUAUGGAGCUGGAACAGGAGAGGAAACGAGCUCAGGAGGAAGCAGAGAAACUGGCUAAAGAACGUAGAGAAGCAGAGGAGGCAAAGGAGGCCCUAUUGAAAGCUUCCCAUGAUCAGCAAAAAACCCAGGAACAGCUGGCUGCUGAGAUGGCAGAACUCACAGCUAGGAUCACGCAGCUGGAGCUGGCCAGGCAGAAGAAAGAGAGCGAGGCCCAGGAGUGGCAACAGAAGGCCCAGAUGGUGCAGGAGGAUUUAGAAAAGACCAAAGAGGAGUUGAAGACUGCCAUGAGCACUCCUCACGUGACUGAACCCAUGCACUCUGAGAAUGAGCAUGAUGAUGAGCAGGAUGAGAAUGCAGCAGAGGCCAGCGCUGAGCUACGGUCGGAGGCCACCAUCAAGGACCGCAGCGAGGAGGAGCGCACCACUGAGGCAGAGAAGAAUGAACGGGUCCAGAAACACUUGAAGGCUCUUUCCUCAGAGCUGGCCAACGCUCGGGAUGAAACCAAGAAGACAGCCAACGACAUGAUCCAUGCCGAGAACAUGCGCCUGGGCCGAGACAAGUACAAGACCCUGCGCCAGAUCCGGCAGGGCAACACCAAGCAGCGCAUCGACGAGUUUGAGUCCAUGUAAACUCUCCCCCUCCCCGCUCCGGUGCCUGCUGCCCUGCACUCUCCUCCCCUCCCUCUCUCCCGCCCUCUCCCGACAUUCACUUCGUAAUC